AGAAGCUGAAGAUGCAGGAGCGCAAGAAAGACUUCAAGAUGAUCAAGAUGGAACGUAUGAAUAAGAUGCAGCAAAACGUCCUGAGGCGGAAAAUUGAAGAAGCUUCUUCUGUCAACAAGCGUCUCAAGGAUGCCCUGGAGCUACAAAAGGUAUGCUCGGAGAAGAGGGCAACGGCCAACUUAGCUAACCGGCAGCAGCGUCUCAAGAACUGGCUUGAGAGCGAGCUUGAGUUGGUCUCCGUCAAGCAUCAAGCAAAACAAAGUCUCGAAUCCCUUAGAGAAGAUCGUAAAUUCAUUGGCAACAAGCUGACGAAAGUAGAGCAGCAGUUGCAACAUAACGACCUCAGUGAAGAGUUCAGGACGGAGCUCCUGAACAAGCAGAAAGAUCUCAGCACAGAUCUGCAGCUGCGCACCGCUCAGAUCAACGAACUACAGCAGAAGGUCCUCGAGGGCGACGGAGAGUCCUUGCUUGAACGGAAGCGGUUUGAAGGCCUGCAAGGCAUGAGCGAGACGAAGGCGGCGCUGACGAUGCUCUUCAACACAGCGGUGCAACACAAGGCUCAAUGCGCCUCUUCCCAGCAAGAGCUCCAAGAGCUACAG